UUGAAAUUUGUUACUGUUGGUGUUCUAGCAUUCUACAAGUAUCUGAAAUAGUCGUGUACCGCAAAAGUGAACUUAUUAAUCAACAUACAAUUUCGGAUAUUUCGGAUUUGAUAUCCCAACUUGGCUAAAUUACAACAUAACUCAACCCUCUCUCUCAAGGUUCAAGACCUCUUAAAGCGGCUCACGACCCAUUUGUAAUAAAACUCAGUUGCAUUUAUUAUACAAACACUAUAAAUAUGCCGCCAUAGUGCAUAUACCAAGGUACGCUCAUUUAUUGCUUCACACACUUUAACUUAGAGAACUCUCUCUACUCUCAAACCUAGUACUUACUUAGGCAUCGAAGAGGCUUUCCUCGAAACACCCCCGAGGCUAGUUAACUUACUCGUGUGCAAGUACUUUGAGCCAAAAUACUCUCAAGAACAAGCUAGAUAUUCCACUAUUACGAAAGAGCCUUCAUCUGAAACUCAUUGUUUCAUACUCGGAACAAUUAAUAUGAUUUUGUAUUUUAAUUGGAUGUUAGCAUUGUUCAUUAUAUUCUCUAAUCACUACAGUUAUAUAUAUAGAAAUCCGUGACAUGUAGCCAGCCACUUUACUCAACAUGUUAAAAAAAAAUAAAAACAAAUAAAGAAAAAUAAAGAAAAAUAAAAAAUAAAAAAAGGUAUUACUAUUCAUAAGGGAGAUUCUCCCACUUUUUAAGGGUUAUAGAAAUACUUUCGUAUAUUGUACUUGCAUGAAAUUGUUAAUAACUAUAUGUCAUUAAUAACUAUCAUCAUCAUCAUCAUCAUCAUCAUCAGCUAUCCACUCCAAUAAUCAUAACAACAAGUCAACUCCAUUAACCCAAUUAGCCGCAUCGUUUUUACUCAAUACGCAACUGUCAAUUUGGCAUACACGUUUUCUUUCUCUUUUUUUUUUGUUUUAAUAAAAACCAUCCUUAAUCUAAUUAUCAAUAAUCAGCCAAAUUACUAAUGCUCAAUCGAAAAUAAUAGCAGACAUCAAUAAGAAUCGUUUAACAACAAUAACAACGACCGAAAUCGACAACAAUAUCAACACCAAGAAUCACGCAACAACCAACAACAACACACUAGCAGCAGGGAGAGGGGACAUAGUAGACAAGGUGGAAAGAGGCGUUACAGAUGGUGGUUAAGUGAAGAUCGCAGGAGAAGAGCCCAAGCAGAGCAAAACGGCGACGAAAGACAGCACACAAUAGUAUCCGAAGGAAAAAUAGAAAAGAAGGGUUUUGGGUUUUGUUUAUAAUAAAAUUCAGAUAUUCUCUUAAUUUAAAUAAUUGGAAAUUUUAAUUUAAAAUCCUUUUCCAAAUUGUUUAUGGUUUUUUCCUUCUUAAAACUUUUUAAACUCUCAGUUUCCUUAUUUUCUUGAAAUAAAACACUUCAUUUUUCUUUUAGGCUAAAAUAACUUUUAUAAUAUUUAUACUAUUGUUUAAAACGUAAUAUUAUUUCUAAAUAUUUAAGACAUUACUCAGUAUAUUUCUUGAAAUAUAAAAUAAAAUGACCCAAAAAUACGGAGUAUCAAACGGAGAGAUUGUGAAGGCAUGUAAGUGGCGUAACGUUGUUGUAUUUACACAUUACAAAGUUGCUCCAAGGUAAAUUGUUUAAUUAUUAACUUUUAACUUUAGAGUAUUAUAAUAAAUCAGCCAAAUGGAUAAUCUGAUAAAUGAUUAAUGUAAAAUAACGUUGUGCAACCCCCUAAAAUGUUUUGCCAUGUGGAAUCGUUUGUGAAGUUAAUCAAUAACCUAGAUGGUUCAAGACGAGAAGAAGUAGUUAAAAUGGGUUUUGGUGGCCUGUUGGAAAUGAAGAUGUCGAAGUUGGACCAGAUUUUGUGUUAUUGGCUGAUGAGUAGGGUAGUUGUUGACGAUUAUGUUGAGUUUGGGGAUGGGAAUGUGUUUUGAUUUACCCCGCAACAUAUACAGAGUAUUUUUGGGCUGCCAAUGGGAACCAAGGAUGUUCCUGUGGGGAUGGAUUGGAAGGAUGAAGAAAAAUGGUUGGUCCUGCGCUAGAGAUGUAUAAGUUGUAUGGAAUUGGUGAUGAUCAUCCGUCGAAGGAUAUGGUGUUGUUGGAGAAGGUAGCUGCAACUAUGGUGGGUAAGAAAGAUUCAAUGGGGGUGGUUACACCUCUAAGCACCCCUAGUGAGAAUAUUGAAUUUAGGAAUGCGUUCUUGGCAAUAGUAGUGGGCCACUUACUUUGUCCUACUUCCAUGUGCACUAACUUGUCACAUAGUGUAAUGGGUGUUGUGAGUUUGGGUGGGGUGGCCGAAGAGUAUGACUGGUGCACUUGGACAUAUAACAGGCUCAUGGAGCGUGUAGAGGUAUUUUCUAAGAGUUUUGAUGAACUUGGUUAUGUUGGUGGAUGUGGAGGCUGUGUUGUAGCCUUAAUGAUUUUUUACCUUGAUCGCUUGGCGGGAACACCCGUUGAUGUAGAACCUUUGCCUAGAGUGAAGGUGUGGGGGAACUUGGAAGUGAAACAAGCAAUCAGGGAAGACAAGAGAAGUGGAUAUGACUAUGGUAGAUUGAAGUCAAAGAAGGUGGUUUAUGGUAGGGGACCUGAUGGUGAAGUUACGAAUAGCGUCAGUGGGUUGACAAAUAAAGAAGCUGAUCGGAGGAUGGAGGUAGUAGAUGAGUCGAUGACCGGCAAUGGCACAGGGACAGAAACUGAUCUUAACCUCAUUCCAAGAGCAGAUGUUGGUAUGAGGCAUGAAAACACAGGGGGAAACACUAAGGUUUCCCUCAAUCCAAAUUUGUGGGCUUCGCUUAAUCCAAUUUUGGAUAGAGAUAGGUCCCUUGUACAUGAUCUUGCGCAUCAGGUACUUGAAUUCUUCAAACCUGAGUUGGAGCGGAUGAUUAUUUAUGUCGUGUCCGAGAGGGAAUGGGGUGCAAGUGGUAGUUCUAGGGGUGGUGUUGGUGAUGGUAGUGGUUGGGGUGGUGGUUUGGUUGGUAGUGGUUGGGUUGGUCAUGGUGGUGGUGGUGUUGUUGGUGGUGGUAGUGGUGUUGGUGGGGUUAGGGGUAUGGGAAGAGUUGAUUAUGGGAGAGGUGGUGCUGCCUGGGGAGCACAAGUGGGUAGAAGUAGAGGCUUAAAUGCUGGUGAUGAUGCUCCUCUAGGCUUUGAGGUUAGAGCACCACCAGGCUUUGAGGUUAGAGCACCUCCAGGCUAUGAUGUUGCUCGAGCAUCGAUAGGAUACGAUGCUGCUCGAGCACCUACAGCCUUUGAUUCUCGAACACCGAUCGGCUUUGAUGCAUUUGCACGUGGUAGAAAUGCUGCAUUUGGAGGAGGUUCUUUAAGUGUUGGAGCUUCUGGAAGCGCUGGAAAAAACAUUGGUGCUUACUCAGCAGGUGAUUCAGGUUCGUUUCACUAUAAUAUUGGUGCUGGUAUUUUGGCUGGUGUUUCGACUGUUGUUUCGACUGGUGUCUCGACUGCGGCGGCGGCUGUUUCAGAGAGACGGUUCGAUAAUGUGAUUAGGAAUAAUGAUGAUAUUCUGGAAAAUCAAGAAGUUCUUGUAGGGGUGGUGAUAAGCCAAGUGGCAGCUUCAUGUGUGAAUGAAGCUAAAUAA